UGAGACAUCCCGGAAAGGCGGGAUAUCCGGUUUUUACUAUAUCCGGUGAAACACACGAGUGUACGGCUGCUAAUUAUACUUCUGUGGUAAUUUAAGUUUACCAAAAUAGGAUUGUAUUAUUUACCUACGCUGAGAAUAAUUACAUCUUUUACGCGAAGAUAAAAUGAAUAUUCGGAAUGCUCGGCCGGAAGACCUGAUGAAUAUGCAGCAUUGUAAUUUGCUGUGUCUUCCAGAGAAUUACCAGAUGAAAUACUAUUUCUAUCAUGGACUGUCCUGGCCGCAGCUUUCCUACAUAGCAGAGGAUGAGAAUGGUAAAAUUGUGGGAUAUGUCUUGGCAAAAAUGGAGGAGGACCCAGACGACGUCCCACACGGGCAUAUUACUUCACUGGCAGUGAAGCGUUCUCACAGGCGUCUAGGUUUGGCUCAGAAGCUCAUGGAUCAGGCCAGCAGAGCCAUGAUUGAAAAUUUCAACGCAAAAUAUGUCUCUCUGCACGUUCGUAAAAGUAACCGAGCAGCGCUGCAUCUGUAUUCCAAUACACUGAAAUUCCAGAUCAGUGAAGUGGAACCCAAGUACUAUGCUGAUGGGGAGGAUGCUUAUGCGAUGAAAAGGGAUCUAGCUCACAUGGCUGGAGAGCUUCGGAGGCCAGGAGUUCGAGUGUGGGGCACAGAGAACCCUCCUUCCCAGAGUCUCCCUGCCUCUGGUCAGUCCACAAGCCUGGAGGAACAGGAGAGAGAAGGAGAACGGGACAGUGGGGGCGAGAGCAAGGAUAUGAGUGAGGUCAGCGAGGCCACAGAGAGCACAGACAUCAAAGACUCCUCUUCUGACUCCUAAUGGUGGAAGCUUCCCUCAGCUGAGUGGCAGGCCUCCUCUUGUCACAUUUUUAACCAUUUGUCUAGCAUUUGGCUCUUUUUGUGACAGACUCCUUCAUUUUGUUCAUAUACACCAGGACAUCUUGUUAUUUUUCCUUAUCACACAGAAUGAUGGAUAAUUUGGAAGAUGUGUCGUGAGAAUAGAUGUUGUUAUGGUUUGCCUUAUAAUUAAAAGUUAUCACACAUGAGCAGAAACUGAAAAAUAAAUUAAUAUAAGAAA